AUGGGAAGUAGUGGGAAGCGCGAAGGAGGGGUGAAGAUUGUUCAGAUCGAAACCAGGUACGUUGAGACGGAUGCUAUGAACUUCAGAGACGUGGUUCAGAGUCUGACAGGGAAGAAUUCAUCCACGGCUUGGGUGGGCAGUGGCUCCAAAGCGCCACAUGCUUCUGUGAAAUCAGAGGAGUUUCAGCUUCACAAUCACGAUGGGAGAAAUAAUAGUGUUAAAGAAGCUGAGGCUUCUUUGUCUUCCAUGAUCCUCAAGAACACCACGACGUCGUUCAAAGAUUUUGAUAGGUUGCUGUACGAGUUGCCCCCCUGCACCGAGGAUCUUCCGUGGCUAGUAGGCCGAUGA